AUGCGUGCUGCCACUUUUUUCACGCUACUUUUCCUGUUUGCCGCAUGCCUGACCGUUCUGGCCGGUACACCUCAUGGUAAGGCCCUCGAUCGUCGUCUCAACUGCUACGACUCGAUUCAACAGGCUCCUCACAUGUGCCUUGACUUUGUGUACGGUCUGAUGAAGUGCUUGAAAGAUUCGGUAAAAGAGAAGGCUCUUUGUGUCGAUGAUUACUGGAAGUAUGUGUCGUCGUUCGACAAUUGCGCGUACGACUUUUUCAGUUGCCUCAUUCCUCCGGGUGUGAAGUGGAGCUAA